AUGGCAUUGCUGCAGUUCAUCAGCGCAGGCCUUCCGAAAGUACAAAUCCCCACCACGGUACACAGCGACCACCUCAUCGUAUCGCGCGACGGUGCCAUAGACGACCUAAUCCGUGGAAGAAAAGAACAUCACGAGGUCUACUCUUUCUUGAGUAGUGCAUCAAAGAAAUACGGUAUCGGCUGGUGGAAACCGGGGGCAGGCAUCAUCCACACAACCAUCUUUGAGAACUAUGCGUUUCCAGGUGGGUUGAUCAUCGGAACAGACUCGCACACGCCUAAUGCCGGCGGCAUGGGUAUGCUGGGUAUCGGAGUUGGAGGCUCUGAUGCAGUUGAUGCGAUGGCUGGUAUGCCUUGGGAGCUCAUGUGCCCACAGGUCGUAGGCGUGCGACUUACAGGCCGUCUACAUGGAUGGGCCUCAACUAAGGACAUCAUCUGCAAACUCGCUGGGAUACUCUCAGUCUCUGGCGGGAAAGGCAAAGUUCUCGAGUUCCUCGGCCCAGGUACUGAGACAUUAGGCGCAACAGCUAUGGCGACAGUCUGCAAUAUGUCAGCCGAGAUCGGAUCAACUUCCUGCAUCUUCCCCUACUCCGAGGCUAUGCACCGAUAUCUUUCGGCAACAAAGCGUGCGGAUAUUGCGCAUCUCGCAAACGGCUACAAAGAUGUUCUGCUGACAGCAGAUGAGGGGGCAGAGAAGCAUUACGACACCGUCAUCGAGAUUGACCUAGACUCCUUGGAGCCACAUGUCAAUGGCCCCUUCACGCCGGAUCUUUCGCAUCCUCUUUCACAUCUGAAGGACACUGUAGCAGAAAAUGACUGGCCCGUCGAAGUUAGUCACGCUAUGGUAGGCAGCUGUACUAACAGCUCAUACGAAGAUCUCUACAAGACAUCACAGCUUGUCGAUCAAGCCAAGGCUGCUGGUUUGCCGCAUGUGAAAACGCCAUUCCUGGUCUCACCGGGUAGCGAAGAUAUACGUGCAACUGCAGAGUCGGAGGGCAUCCUACAGAAAUUACGCGAUGCCGGUGCUGUUGUGCUGAGCAGUACCUGUGGCCCGUGCGUGGGUCAAUGGCAGCGUACCGAUGUCGAUGUCAAGGGUCGCGAGCGGAACACAGUAGUGUCCAGUUUCAAUCGCAAUUUUGUCGGUCGACACGACGGGAACCCAGAGACUUGUUCAUUCGUGACGUCUCCAGAAAUGGUGACCGCCUUUGCCUACUCUGGAAGAUUAGACUUCAACCCUAUUAUCGAUUCUCUUCCAAUCGCAGGGUCCGCAGAAAGGUUCCAGUUUACGGCGCCAACAGAUGUCGAACUACCUGUGCAGUUUGCCGUCGGCGAGGACUUUUACCAGGCUCCAAUCCAUAACGCCGAUGAUGUCGUCGUCGACAUUGACCCACAAUCCGAGCGCCUGCAAUUGCUCGAACCGUUCAGACCCUGGUCUCCAGGCUCUACGAAAGACAUGCCAGUUCUCGUCAAAGUCAAGGGAAAGUGCACGACCGAUCAUAUAUCUCCUGCAGGACCCUGGUACAAGUACCGUGGCCAUCUUGAGAACAUCAGCCACAACAUGCUUCUUGCAGCUUCGAACGCCUUUCUCUCGUCCGACUCUCGGUUGCUCGGCCACACCAUCCACCCACUGACCAACAAGACCGGUCUUAUUCAUGAGGUCGCCCGAGACCUACGUGAUCAAGAAGUGAGAUGGUGUAUUGUUGCCGAUUGGAACUACGGAGAAGGAUCAUCGCGCGAACACGCAGCCCUAGAGCCACGUUUCCUCGGCGGUGUCGCAGUAAUAGCACGCUCUUUUGCAAGGAUACACGAGACGAACCUCAAGAAGCAAGGCAUGCUUCCUUUGACAUUUGCGAAUCCUCAAGAUUACGACCGUAUUCAGUUGGGCGAUCGCAUUACGCUACAGGGUGUUGAAGACGGCGAGCUACGGCCGGGAAGGCAGGCUAGCAUGCGCGUAGAAUGCGCGCAUGCAGGAGAGUGGGUCGCGCCGCUCAACCAUAGUUAUAGCCACGGGCAAUUGAGGUGGUUGAGAGCGGGGAGUGCGCUGAAUCACAUCAAGCAGGCGGUGUUGGAGGGGUGA